AUGGUCAGUCCCGGCACCGCUUUGCUGAGUUACCUUCUCACCGCUGGUGGAAAAGCCCCUGCUGUAAAGCACAAAUUUGUGAUCGACUACUCUCGCCCAGCAACCGACGGCGUCUUCGAUGGCGCUGACUUCGAAAAGUUCUUGCACGAUCGUAUCAAGGUCGAGGGCAAGUCUGGUCAGCUCGGUGAAAACGUCAAAAUCGCAACAGCAAAAUCACUGUUACCCUCCAACGUCCCUUUCUCAAAACGCUAUCUCAAGUACUUGACGAAGAAGUUCUUGAAGAAAAACACCCUGCGCGACUGGAUCCGCGUGGUCGCAUCAUCGAAGGAUGUGUACGAGCUGCGUUUCUACAACAUCGCCCGUGAUGGCGAGGAGGAGGACGAAGAGUAA